AUGGAGUCAGACAUCAGUAUUGAGACUCACCAGAUCAAGGAGUGGAGAUCUAUCGUCACCCUCAUUGUCUUUUGCUUCGCCAACAUUGUUGUUCUGUUCCCCUUUCACAUACCGAUCGCCAUUCCUGUGCAACUCUCCAACUUCGUUCUAGAUUCACUGAGCAGCUUGCGAGUAAUAUCGCCGAGAGAAUAUGAUCUUCAUGAAAGCAAGGGCCAGAAGACGAAGAAGUUUGUCUGGCUGAAAUUUCCCAUGAACUCUGUCACGGCACCUCUGAUCGCAGACCUCUUUCUUCUUGCCAUCCUGGCCAUUGGUAGGAAGGAAGUCAGCGAUGGCACUCUGGGAGACAACGGCAUUUUCCCUCUCGAUAUCAUGAUAUUCUUUAUUACCUUAGCAUAUAUCGCCAUAUCAAUCGACGCUUCGGGUCUCAUCCGUUAUCUUGCCUUGAAGGUGCUCCAGUGGGGAGGCAAGGUCGGUCAUCGGCUGUUCUUCUAUUUGUACGCCUUCUUCUUUGGUUUGGGAUCCUUCAUCGGCAACGAUCCUAUCAUUCUCUCGGGCACGGCGUUUCUUGCCUACAUGACGCGAGUAUCGACCAACAUUAAGCAUCCGAGAGCCUGGAUCUUUACUCAGUUUGCCAUUGCCAACAUUGCCUCGGCCAUCCUCGUCUCGUCCAACCCCACCAAUCUUGUGCUCGCUGGAGCUUUCAACAUUAAAUUUAUUGAGUAUACCGCGAACAUGGUUGUCCCGGUCGUCAUAACCGCCCUUGUCUUAUUUCCUUUCCUCUUGUACAUCAUCUUCGCGAAUGAAGGUCUUAUUCCUGUCUCGAUUCACAUGUGGGAGCUUCCAGCAGAAGCGAGAUUGAAACCGGUGAACCCCAACAUCCCCAACGCAAGAAACACCAUACCUGAGGGGGAUGAAAGUCAGACAAAUGGCGAUGAGGGUAAGCUACUCUCUCUUAUUGAAAUCAUGAACCCCUUCCUUGAUAAGAAAGGAGCGGCGUUCGGUGCAGUACUCAUGUCAGCAACCCUCGUCACUGUCCUAGCCCUCAACGCCGCCAGCGUGAAAACCAAAGACGAUGAACACCUUCAGGUUUUUUGGGUUACUCUACCGGCCGCAUUUAUCAUGCUAUGUUGGGAUCUGGCAUUUGGUUGGGCUAGUCGAGAAGAAACUCGCGCGAUUGCUCGGAGAGGACGGGAAGAGCUCGAACGUGUCCGAAUCGAGAGAGCAACGAGGGAAGAGGAGAAUAGAAGGCGUUCAGAACGGGGAGGACGAUAUUCCACAGAAAUGCACACAAUGCAUUCCUACCGAGAAGGACGACGCUCCACUGGCGGGGCUACGGAGAUGUUCCCAAUGAGACGAACCCGUUCCAGAGAUUCCCAGCCAGAGAUCCGCGUUCAAGACACUAAUAUUGCCGAUACCGACGACAGGCUGAAAAGCCCGGAUUACGACAGUCCACCUUUCAGUCCUGGAAGAGGGCUCACGCCUCUGCUUACGCUUACACCUGCCGGUGCCAUGUCAGGAGGAGACAAUACACCGGCCCCAGAACCCAGCCCUCGUUUGAACUCAUCUUUGUCAACUGUUGCUGGGAACACCCUUAAUCCAGACAGUAGCCGGCCAUCGAGCAGCGGAUUCAGCAUGGCCGCCAAAGGAGACGGCGUGUCUCCUCCGAACAAUUCAAGCUCGCUGCCACAGGGCAUCCUGCUCCCGGAAUUAAGCUCCCCUGUGUCUGAGAAGGAGCCAACAGACCUGAGAGAAACCACGGUACGCCCCAGAAGAACACACCAAAAUCGUGACCGGGCUACGCUCGUGUCAAUUUGCAGAGACGGGUACCGAUGGUCGCAGGAGACGUUCCCGACCGUUAUGGUCGUCCUAUCGCAUCUGCCAUUCGCCCUCGUCCCCUUUGCCUUUGCAAUGUUCGUCCUUGUCCAGGCGCUGGUCACAAAAGGCUGGGUUCCGGUAUUCGCUUACGGAUGGGACCAUUGGGUAGAAAAGACAGGAACUAUUGGUGCCAUUGGCGGCAUGGGAUUCCUCUCGGUAAUUCUUUGCAAUGUGAGUUUGCGUUCGUAG